UAAGUUUUUUACUUCUUUCCCCCACACACAAGACUCACAACUAUGAACUCCUUCUCCGUGUUCUUGGUGUUUGCUUUGGCAGCACUGGUCGUAGCAGAACCUCCAUCGGGUUAUAAUUAUCAGCGCGGUGGUGGUGGCGGUGGCGGCGGUGGAUUUGGCGGUGGUUUCGGUGGUGGCUUGGGAGGUGGCGGCGGCGGCUAUCAAGCUGUCAGCGGUGGCUUCCAAACCAAUGAAGGCCAAAAUGUUGAUCCUCAAUUGCUCGAACAAGUGCGUCAAAUCUUGUUGCAAGAAGAAAGCAAAUCCGGCGGCGGCGGUGGUGGUGGUGGUGGCGGGGGCUACCCCGGCACUCCCUCUGGUUCAUAUGGUGCUCCCUCGCCACAAUACGGUGUACCCUCAUUCGGUGGUGGCGGCGGCGGCCGCGUUGUUGGCAUCGAUUUGGAAGGUGUACGUCAAGCCAUCCAAGUUGCUCAAUUCGCCCAACAAAGCACACAAGCUGGUGGUGGCGGCGGUGGUGGUUUCGGUGGUUAUCCCAGUGGUCCAUCGGGUUCUUAUGGUGCUCCCUCAAGACCCAGCGGUAGCUACGGUGCGCCAUUCUAAGCUCAACCGUUAGUUAUUUUUUCUUAGCAUAAUGUAGAUUACAUUUCAAAUUCAUCAUAAAACAAUUGCUGCCAAAUAAUUGAAAAGACAAACGCGCGCCAAUAUUAAACAAACGCCUCUGAAAACGGAUACGCUAAAGCGAUAGAAAAAGAAAAGAAAAAAAAA